CCGCCCAUGGAUGCCAGCAAGAAGGUGGAUCUGAAGAUAAUUAUCAUAGGAGCUCUGGGCGUGGGCAAAACCUCCCUCCUGCACCAGUACGUGCACAAGAGGUUUUACGAGGACUAUCGCACCACGCUGGGCGCCAGCAUCCUGACCAAGGUCCUGGCGGUGGACAACACUCCCCUGAAGGUGCAGAUCUGGGACACAGGGGGACAGGAGCGGUUCCGAUCCAUGGUGUCCACCUUUUACAAAGGCUCAGAUGGCUGCAUGCUGGCCUUUGACGUGACAGACAGGGAGUCCUUCGAGGCCCUGGACAACUGGAGAAAUGACUUUCUGGACAAGGUCAUUCCAAGGGAGCAAGAUUUCCCCAUGGUUGUGCUGGGGAACAAAAUAGACAUCAAUGAUCGCCAGGUGUCCAAGGAGAUGGCCUCAGCCUGGUGCAAGGAGAAGGACAUCCCUUAUUUCGAAGUCAGUGCCAAGAACAACAUCAACGUUGCAGAAGCCUUUGAGACCCUGGCAAAGCAGGCACUGGUGACGUAUAAAGGGAUUUUUGAGAGUUAUUUAACGGACUCCAUCAAACUCACCCCUCACGACAAGCCCAAGAAGAGAUGCUGCUGAGCCGGGCAGGCUGCCCUGU